CAACAGGAUGGAGAUGCAUGACUAAAUGGAAUGUUACUGAAUGUAGGCUUACAUGGUACACAAGCAUGGUUCAAGUGAUAAAGACCGUUCACAUCACGUAGAUCUAGAAGUCAUUGUGCUAAUAAUUACAGCUCAGAAGUUCAAAGUAGAUCUAGAUCUAGACUUCUUUCGGUUCAUAUAUUCAUAGUGAAACAUAAGGGCAAACAGACGAGGCGUUCCGAUACGUAAAACAACAAAAUGGCGCCGAGGCGGCAAGAGAAUAAUAAGAGUGUCACUGCUAGUAAUGUUGGACACCAUGACGAGGAGAUGAGCUCUCUGCAAAUAAUUCUCUACGGAUUCUUGUUCCUGCUGUUUGGCUUAUUCUUUCGCCAAGUGACAACUAACAGACGAUCCACUCUAGGUCAUCAUAUUAUUUUGGUCUUAUUAGGAAUCAUUGUAGGGCAUCUGUCCUACAUUGAAAAGCGAUUGGAGGAUCCUAUGCUGAUCAACAGCGUUGGCCAGCUGCAUCUACUGCAACUCUUCAUACCCAUGAUGUUCUUCGAGUCGACCUUUAACCUUGAGAUUCAUUAUAUGAAGACCAUGUUGAUUCAUUUGAUUUUGGUUGUGAUACCCACACUACUGCUGGCUUCAGCAUCUGCCAUUGCUUUCAGGGAAAUGCUAAACUUUCCCAUGAACCCUCUAGAGAGCAUUGUUAUGAUGACCUUGUCAUUGCCACCAGGACCACGAAUGACCAGGAUCUUUCUGUCUAGUAUAAGUGCAGAGUACGAUCUUCGGGUGCCUCUUGAAGCCGAGUCUCUCUUCGGUAGCUGUGUGACCUACAUGUUCUACACUGUUGUCACAACCCGUUCCUUCCAUACUUCAAUUGUGUACGCAUUUCCUUUCCUGUUGGAUAUCCUUCUGUCGGCUUCUUUUGGCUUCAUUGUUGGCAAGAUAAUGAUCAUGUGGAUUAGCAAAAUGUUCAAAGACAUAGUCAACCAGACCACGAUUGUCAUAGCUUUCGUGUACUCUGCAUUCUCAAUAUGUCAGCUAAACAACAUAUCAGGAUUUCUGUGUAUCGUGGUCAUCGGGCUGGUCAUGGCAGACAGGCGUGCAGUCAUGUCCACGCAGACUACGUCAGUACUAAACAAAUUUAUGGAACUAACGCUGUUCACCUUCUCCUCUGUGGCCACGGUCCAAGUUGGAAUCUACCUUGUCACUCAUGUCUGGGGCCACCUGACCCUCGCAUUAUUCAUGCUCUCAGUCUUGUCAUUUAUCACAGUUUCUUUUAUUAGAGCCCUGGUCCUGUUCAUCACGUAUCCAGUCUCACGUCUGUACAUGAACAGUCUGCACGUGCUCUAUGUCGUCUGCGCCUGUCACUUAAGGGACUCUUACUCUUGCAUCUUGAUCUUCACCCUCAUCGACACGAGCCUGCACAAGAAAGUCAAUACUGACCUCUUCUCGAUUUUAAUACUGCACAUUGUGUACUCUUUCUUGGCUCAUUACCCCCUGGUCUCAGCCGUCGUCUCUUAUGUCCAAACUCGAAAUAUAAACAAUGAUAAAGUCAUCAUGCUGGAGAGAGCUGCCAAGAUGAUUAAAGAUCUGCAAUCCUCAGUCAAACGUUCUUUAAAAUCCAGCAUGCUGACCACAGACGCUGACUGGGUCACAGUUACGGAAUACACGAGACUCAAAGAUGACUUCAUGAAGCUCUACGGAAAUAAAGCAUAUCUGGAGAAGAAGCGUGAUGGCAUCAAUCAGUUUUUAGGCACACAAGCCCUGAGGAAACAAGCCGUACGCCAAAUUGUAAUCACAGAGAGGACAUGCUAUGCCCGCCAAUUUGAAGAAGGUGUUCUCUCGAGGCAAUCUGUCAUUAAUCUCAUGAUACUUGUCAACGAGGCACUGAAGGAGAAACAGUUGGUGGAUCCUUAUAAAAUUGUACAGUUUGCCGUGCAUAGGAAUUACUUCCAUAAAUUAGUGUUUGAAAUGUCCCGCCAGUUGCACUCGACCAUCCUCCCGAUGUCCAAAGCCGUGCUGCUGCUGAUCUUGAUCUUUAUCGACAGCUUCAUCACAAUGUACACCAUCGCAGCCAUGAGGUUUGAGUACGUUGGCUUCUUGAAGAUGCUCUUCCUGCACUCUUACAACGUGCUUGUUCUGCUGUUCUACAUCUUUCUGGAGCUCUACAAGUUAGUGAGGAACAGGUCACUCAGAAUGGAGGGACCAUGGGAUGUGAUCAACAGGAUUAUUUUGUUCAACACAUUUAUAGAUGUGACUCUAGUUGUCUUCCCUUUGUUUUUUCUGACGGUCCGAGACGAUAAAACGUUCUUUAAAGAGAACCCCCACCUGUACCUGGGUAUACAAGCUGUCACAGUCACGCGCUUCAUUCGCUUCUUACAGAUCCUACGGACGUCGCCGUACAUGCAGCAGUGGUUCUUGACUUUCGCGUCUAACGUCAUGGAGACUAAAGUGUUUAUAGCAUGUGACAUGGCUGCGGGCUUCAUACAGGGAACCAUGGAAUCUUUCAGAAAGGCCAAGCGAAUCGUUGAUGACGACAGGGUCUGCAACAGCAUCCGAUACGUCUGCCACUUAUGUCGUCUGAUACUUUCCCAACAUUUAGGUUUCUGCCAAGUGGACAAUCCCUUGGUCAUGCAGGCACUGAAGACCAAGACUGCCAUUAGGCUGGCACUGAACGCUCAGGAACAAAGGAUGAUUGAAAUUAAAGAAAUGGGGCUAUUAGAGGACAAGGACGUGCAUGUUUUACAUAAAAUCCUCGAGAAGAAGAUGUCAGACAACUUGAGUUUCCCAACCAGUAUCGGAGAGUUAGGUCACAGGUCGGUCAUACUAAACUUGCCCUGGGUUGAUGGUAACGAGCGGUACGCUCAGUUCAUAGAAGACAAUGGUCAAACAAUUCUCUUCAGCCCAGAUGACAUCAUCGUCACACAAGGUCACCUCUCUAAGGGGAUCUUUGUUAUCUUGCACGGCCUUGUUAGGGUGGAGUCUGUGAUCGACCUUUGUGAAGAUCCUUUUGAGCCAAUUGUAGAAAAAUAUCGAGCUCCGUACUACACCAAGGUGCAGGAUCCUAUAACCACUCGCUACAACAAGGAGUUGGUCGAGCUAAUUGAGUUCAUGACCCGCGGCAACGUCAUUGGCGAGAUGUCAAUACUGACAGGAAAGCCUGGACACAAGACCUACAGAUGCGCCACCUAUGUAGAGGUGUUCUAUAUCAACUCCUCCCACAUGUUCGAACUGAUGGAAGGGGUACCAGACAACAAAAGACCAUUGAGAAACUUGGAGUUGCGACUGUGGAGAACUGUUUCCAUCAGACAGGCUGUCAGACUCAUUUUAAGCGAGUUUUCUAGUGGGUCCUUGACAAGAAUGUUGAUCUACAAUAGAAUGUCCGACUCGUACAUCAUAGAUGGAAAUAUGAACAGAGUCGUAGACAUACGACCACACGAAAUGUCCGCAGUCAUUCUUGUACAAGGUGUGGUUAAAAACUUUUACAGCGAAGCCAGGUUCAUUGGACCAUGCAUCAUUCCCUUCUACAUUCAUCGGUUACUGUCUGAGCCUGAUAAAGGUCCUCGAGUAAUAUUCUUGGUCCUAAAGACUCUAGUCACUGAUGAGGGUACGUUCAUGGAGAAUCUGAUCCAGGACGAGCUCUUUGUUGAAGACGACAUCUUGUCGGAAUUUGACGACGAACAGCUGACCAUCUCUUCCGGCUCGUCUGACAGCAGACCGUACCAUCGACAAAAGAAAUCUUUAGCUGGAGUGGAUGAUAAGUCGGCUGCCGCUCACCGUCUGAUGCAACACAGCACGCACAGGCUUUCAACAACUGCACCGAAAGGGUUGGAAUCUUCGAAAUUCAAAUAGAAAACUCCUGUCACGUGGCUGGAAGAUGAACACUGCACGUUAAAAGGAACAUCUACCUACCUACAUGAACUUUCUGCCAUCCCCCCCCCACUCAAUAGACUAUUGUCUCUCCCUAGUUGGACUAGAUGUAUGCACUCCCCCCCCCCCUUUUCAGUAACACUAUGUUUCCGUCAUUUGAUUCGUUUUUUGGUACAAAUUAAAUGUUUGAUAAUUAGUAGAUCUAUAGAGAUUUUCUUUAAAAAAAAAAAUAAGGCAGCCCUUUUUUUCCCCGACCCUCACUUUUUUUCUACUUUAAGUUUUGCCAUUUGUUUAUAGGGCCUAUUCGUUAUUUUGUCUCCUACCUGAUUGCAAAGGAAAAAGGGAAUGAACUCCUCCUUUUUCGUGGGCAAAAUGAAUGUAACAGUUGCAUCCCAUAGUUCACAUGUCUAUGAUCUUUUUGUUUUAAUAUUGUUUCAAAUCUGGAUUUAUGACUUGAAGGCUAAGCCAUAGAGUAAAAAAAAAAGAUAUCUAGAUAGACCGGUAACAUUUAUAAAUGAAAAGAAAAAAACAACUGCUUAUAUUGAAGUUAUAUUAUGGACUUUUACAACGUUCAAUAAUUAUUUAUAGAUAUUAAUAUAAUUUUUUUUUAUCUUGCACACGCAUGACAUUUAUAUUUUUCUUAAUUUUCCUUUUAAAAAUGUACAUGCAACAUAUUUUAAUUACAAUUUUUGUUUGUUUAUAUAUAAAUAUAUUGUACAAAUUUUCAAUAAAAUGUACUUUUGUAUAGUGCUCUACAUUAUAUUGUGUAUACAAUUCUUUUUAAAGAGAAAAUUUCCUUCAAAUUAAAAUGUUAAUGACAUACAUAAUCAGAUGAAUUUUUUUUUUAAAGUUUAAAACACAAAAAUGAACAUUUAUUGCAAUUUUUAAAUUUUAGAUUCUAAUUUUAAAAAAGUGAAAUACUGCACUCAUCCUUAAUCUUCGGAAUCGAAUACAUUGACAUUAUUAUUGUAUUGGGCUACGUUGGACUAGUCUGUUUCGUUUCUUUGAUUAAAAAGUUGAAUCACAAAUUGGGC